AUGACGAAUCUACUGAUCCGCUUCCGAGAUUAUGUUUUCUUUCAAAAGAACCCACUUGUCCAAAUUCUCUAUUUUGUGGCAAUGGGUUCAUGCUAUUAUUUGUAUUUACGUGAGGCUUCUCCACUCUUGCCGAAUGAAUACGUUGCUUGGUAUCACAAAUGGCUUGCGACGUUCCUGUUUCUAGUAUCAAACAUGUUGUAUCUAGUCAUGAGUGUGAGUGAUCCAGGCGUUAUUCAACGCAAAAAUAUGCACAAGUACAAGCAAUAUGUACAUCAUCCAGUGAUGUAUCCAGAAGGAAAAUAUUGUCGUACUUGCAAGACUUUAAAACUACCACGGUCUAAACAUUGCAGAAUGUGUAAUCACUGUGUAGCUAGAUUCGACCAUCACUGCAUCUGGUUCAAUGGUUGCGUUGGAGAAAAAAACUACAAACAUUUCCUGGUGUAUUUGUUGGCUCUGCUUGCACUUUGUUUUGAAGGCUUUUUCGUCACAAGCAGUGUUUUUCUCGUGCAGGCUGGUGAUCUACUGCAUUCACGCGGUGUGAGUAUUGAAGUGGUCGGUAGAACGGAAACCGCUAAGAUCUUGCAGUCACUGAUUGCGAACAACCAACCGCUAGGUUUUGUCACUGCCAUGUGCCUCAUGACCGGCGGCAUUACAGGGGUAUUCUUCCUGAUGCAGCUUAAGCGCAUUGCCCAGAACGAAACAGCAAACGAAUCCUUCAAACGUGAAGAUUUGCGUGAGGAAGCUGAACUCGACGGCGAGACGUCAGGCCGUCGAAUGUUUCGCUUUCUCUUCAAGCGCUUGAAUUUCCGAACACGGCCGAAGCUGUCAGUGCCGCGCAAGGAGCAGAGAAAAAUGUUGGAUGCGUCUUGGGGAGGUCUCUUCUCGCCAGACACGAUCAUGAACACUGAAGAGAGUUACUCGGAGGACGACGUAAACUUCAAUCCAUACAAGCUCAACUCGUUCAAAGAGAAUCUACUUGAUGCUCUGCAUUUUUGCAACAACUACAACAAGGACAAAACAACUUGA